AUGUGUACGCUGGUCAGGAUGGUGGAGCAGCGGCUCAAGGCUCACCCCCUCUUGGGGGUGGACUUCCGGCGAUGCCAGGGGUCGCCGGAGGGGUCUCCACUGGCCAGCGAGAGACUGAAAAGCGGGAGUAUGGGACGGCGUUGGAAGAAAACAUCGUAA